CCACCCCACUCUCUUCUACUUUUAUUCCUGCUCGACUUCUAGCCUAACGGCAUCUCACUCUCCUAUUCUACCUAACUCUUAUUAAUCCUACUCACUUCAUCUCCUCAGUGCCCUAAUUGCAGUGAAAGGCGCAGGGCAUCUCAGAGCCAGUCCCGCUCAUGACCGCACCGGCCAUCUCGCAGCAACGGGGCCCCCGAUCAUCCGACGAGAAUGAAGCCGAGCAUGCAAUAGAAGAGGACCAUGCCCUCCUCACCGGGCAGCCAACGGGGAAGCCGAGUCCACCGCCCAGUGCUCUGGCUAGGAGCAAAUGGCGGGAGAUAGGACUCUUUGUCUGGGCUGUGGUGGCGAGCGCGGCCGUCAUUGUCCUUGCCGUCGUCUACCAGCACUCCGGAGUCGGACGAACAAUACCCCACGACCCUCCACAUGCCGGUGGAAAACGCAAUCUGAUCUUCAUGGUUUCCGACGGAAUGGGUCCUUCGAGUCUUUCCCUCACGCGAAGCUGGAAACAAAUCACAGACCAUGCUCCAUACGACCGCACCCUUUUCCUCGACAACUACCUAAUCGGCCAGAGCCGCACACGCUCCAGCAAUUCCCUCGUCACAGACUCGGCAGCAGGCGCCACGGCCUUCUCGUGCGGCAGCAAAAGCUACAACGGCGCCAUCUCCAUCCUGCCCGACUUCGAGCCCUGCGCGAGCGUCAUGGAAGCCGCGAAGCGCGCGGGCUACACGACGGGCCUGGUCGUCACGACUAGAAUCACCGACGCCACGCCCGCCGUCUUUGCCGCCCAUGCUCGUAGCAGAGCGAUGGAGGACUCGAUUGCGCUGCAGAUGGUCGGCGAGACGCAUCCGCUUGGCCGCGUGGUGGAUUUGAUGAUGGGUGGGGGGCGUUGUCAUUUCUUGCCUAAUACCACCGAGGGCAGCUGUCGGCAUGAUGGGCGGAAUGUUGUUGAUGUGGCGAGGAAUUUGGGCUGGAGUUAUUUGGACAAUAAGCGGGAGUUCAACCGUUUGGGCAAGAACGUGGACCUCCCGCUCAUGGCGCUGUUCGCUGAUGAGGACUUGCCGUACGAGAUUGACCGCCGGCAUGAAGCGGCUGUGUACCCUUCGCUGGAGGAGAUGACCAAGACGGCACUGCACGCUUUGUCGACUGCCACCAAGCACAAAGAACAAGGCUUCUUCAUCAUGAUUGAAGGCUCGCGAAUCGAUCACGCAGGCCACGCCAACGACCCAGCGGCACAAGUGCACGAAGUCCAGGCAUACGACCGAGCGAUGCGCGCCGUCAUCGACUUCAUCGAAGCAGAUCAAAAAGCAACCGGCACACCAACAUUAAUGAUCAGCACCUCCGACCACGAAACAGGCGGCCUCGCAGUGGCAAAGCAACUCACCCCCGUCUACCCCAAAUACCUCUGGCUCCCCUCCGUCCUCGCAAACGCAAGCCACUCAGCACACUACGCCUCAUACAAAUACCACUCGCAAAUGUCCACGCGCCAACCCCACGGACACGACCCCGACGUGCCCAUGCUCAAAGACUACCUGCUCGCCCUCGCCCGCGAAGACCUGGGCAUCUGGGACUGCGCUGAUGCAGAACUCGACCAGCUGAUUCACCACCCCGCUCACGCAACGUACACGUUCGCCGACAUGAUUUCCCGCCGGGCGCAGCUGGGCUGGAGCACGCACGGCCACAGCGCGGCGGACGUCAAUAUUUACGCUUCGGACCGCGAGGUUGCUGCCAAUCUCACGGGGAAUCGCGAGAAUACUGAUAUCGGCGUUUUCCUCCGUCGGUAUCUAGGUGUUGAGGCGGAGGUGGAAGCCAUUGCGCGCGAACUGCGCGAGCAUGCAAAGGUUGGCGCGGAGGGCGGUGAUGCGUGGCUUGGCAGUGUCCCCGUCGCUGGGGAGCGACUAGACGGCCAAGAUCAUUUGGAUCAUUAUCAUGGAAACCGUCGCCAGCGGUGCGAGCUGUGCGGUGGCGGAGGCGGCAUGUUCCAGUAGUGCGGACGUGUGGUGCGCGAGUUCUUCUUGCCGACGAGGAUUUGGAGGUUGGUGGGGGUUUGAAGCAAGUCUUUGUCUUUUUCUGUGAUACCCUGUGCUACAUGUUAGAUGAUACCUUAUAGAUACAUUAGAAUGGAUAGAUGUUCAUUGUUGUGCGCUUUGCGGCGGCGUUGCAUCCAGCCGAGCUUCAUCAAUCUUGCCCGUCGUGGCGUUUUUCUAGUGCGCGCCGCCGGGCGGUGUCUCGUCUCGGAUUGAGGAUUGGUAUGAC